AUGGUCAUUAACUUACCGCGCAUAUCGCGUCGUAUUAAGCUAUACAGCAGGCCUUUGAUUGCUCUUUGCAUCAUGGUCUUAGAUUGCAACAAAUAUGUUGCCGCCGGCACUGAAAAGCCGAAGUUCAAGACGAACACCACAAAGCCGGCGCAUGAUAUCGCCAACGCGAUCAUAAAGAACUUCUGGAAGGACCUCAAGAACGCAACUAGCGUGUAUCGCAAGAAGCAGAUACAUGGCAGCAAUAGCCAGACGCAUCCGGGUGAACCCAUUAGUAGAGAUGAACUGCUGAAUUGCUUGAAGCGCUUCACUGCGCUGUAG